AUGGCAUCUCACGUGCCGAUACUUGCUGUACAACCGGACGACCAUCACCGCGCCGACGCGAAGACGCGCAACUCUGCAGCUAUCAACGGCCUCCCCACCCGCGACUCCAAUAUACAGCCCGCCAUGGCUCCAGCAGCAGACGACACCGUGCGCGUGCGCGCGCCGGCGCAAAAGAUCCCAUCAGCAUUGCGACUCCCACUCGUCGCGUUGACGUCUCUCAGCCUCAGCUCGAUACUGUACUCCGGCGUGUCGGGCUUCGCUGGACCAGAGCUGGCCGCGGUCAGUCGCGACCUGACGUCGGCAUGGCACAUCGGGGCAAUGGUCUUGUGGAAGCUUUCGGAGCUUAGCAUCGCAUGGUACGCGUGCUACGACUACCUGGAUCUCGCCUACCUCACGCUGCUCAACAACGUGCCCCACUACUUCCUGCUCAACACCUUCUACGGCAUCGACUUCUUCGCGACCAUCAUUCCGCUCCUCAUCGACAUUGUCACGAUCGCGUUGCCCUUCUGGCUGUUCCGCACUCUCAAUCAUGGUCAUGACACUUCCGGUCCUAGGACCGACAACCAACGCGUCGCGCAAGACAAGGGCACCCAAUACUUGACGGCGCUGUUCGGCUCGUCGAUAUACUCGCUGGUAGUCUAUGGAAGCUUUGUAACCUGGCUUCCAGUAUACAUUGUUCUCCACUUUGAUGGAGUUAGAAGUCUUGAGAAGGCGCAUACCACUGCCAUCUGGACUCUGGUUGGCUUGUUUGCGCCAUUGGGCUACGCAGCGACUCAGUUCGUCUUCGUGCCAGCCAUUGGCUCUCACGGCAACCCUGGCAUUACCGAUUCAGCUGUGGCGCCUUUCGACACCGUGCAGAGCGGUUUCGUGGCGACUAUCCUCCAUAACUUUCGUCUUGAUAGCACUGUCUUCACGCGGAGAGCAGAGAUCCUGGCAAAGCGCACUGCGAUCCUGGCUGCAUGCUCAUUCCUAAACACCUUUGUUCGCACUUACUUCACGAUCGAGGGCACGGAACUCGUCGGUUCCCUUGGAUGGGCUGGUGUGUGGGCCGCCGCUGCCGGCCUGACCGGAGUGGCGUAUGCCUGGGUGGGCAACGAGUAA